CAUUUCCAGUUACGUACUCACAAAUGCCAGUCGCAGAAUCGCGUCGUUUUAUCGUCUUCGUUUCUCCGUGUGUGUGUGUAGUUUCUGUGCAGCUUUCUGCAAUUAAAUAUUAAUAUUAAUAUUGUUUUAAUAUAUAAAAUUAUUAUUCAACUAUAAAUGUGUAUCAAGUGUGCUCGAAUCUAAUCGGCCCUUCACACAAAAUAAAAAAAAUACUACAGGCAGCAGAGCAGCAGCAGCAACGAAGCAAACCAGUAAAAGAAGAGAAAAGCAGUAGAAGAGAAAGAAGAAAAAAAAAAAACCGGUGGUUAGCGCAUACUCUUGUCUGUGUCGUCGCUUCGUUCGGUCGUUCGUUCUAUUACGUGCGUGUGUUGGUGUUUCACAGUUUAUAAAUUAAAUAUAUUCUGGUGCUGCCAUAUCGAAAGAAAUUUGUAUUUUGAAUAAAUACAAAAAAUAAGAGGCAAAAGCCAAUACAAGUGUGCUUCAGUGCCAACUGCCAAUCGCCGGUCAAAAAAGCGAUCCUCAUCUGCCACUGCCUGCCAACGCAAAGUCCAAUUGUAAACACUUACCACAAACACCCACAAGUCCAAAAAACAAGCACAAAAAUGACGACCAGCAUUCCACAAGGUACACUUUUGGAUGUACUCAAGAAGAAAAUGCGUCAGACCAAAGAAGAAAUGGAAAAGUAUAAAGAUGAAUGCGAGGAAUUUCACAAGAGACUACAACUUGAAGUUGUUCGACGUGAAGAAGCUGAAUCUGAGGUUGCCGCAUUGAACCGUCGCAUUCAACUGCUCGAAGAAGACUUGGAACGCUCUGAGGAGCGUCUGGGUUCCGCCACAGCCAAGCUGUCGGAAGCCUCUCAGGCCGCCGAUGAGAGCGAACGGAUACGAAAAGCGCUUGAAAAUCGCACAAAUAUGGAAGAUGACAAAGUAGCUCUAUUGGAGAACCAAUUAGCGCAAGCAAAAUUAAUUGCAGAAGAAGCUGAUAAGAAAUAUGAAGAGGUGGCCAGAAAAUUAGUGCUCAUGGAACAGGAUCUGGAACGUUCCGAGGAAAAAGUUGAGCUUAGCGAAAGCAAAAUUGUGGAGCUUGAGGAGGAGCUGCGCGUUGUGGGCAACAACUUGAAAUCCCUUGAGGUCUCUGAGGAGAAGGCCAACCAACGUGAGGAAGAGUACAAGAACCAAAUCAAGACCCUGAACACUCGUCUAAAGGAGGCUGAGGCACGCGCUGAAUUCGCUGAACGUUCUGUUCAGAAAUUGCAGAAGGAAGUCGACAGGCUCGAAGACGACCUAAUCGUUGAAAAAGAGCGCUACUGCCUCAUCGGCGACAGUCUCGACGAGGCGUUCCUGGACCUGAUCAAGGGCCUAGAGCCAUUCUGGACGCCGCGCAAUCCGAAACCACCCACACCCAAGCUGCCGACGCCCACGCCCGAAGAGCUGGCCGCCAUGGAGGAGGCCAGAGCUGCGGCAGAGGCGGAGGCCGCUGCUGCUGCAGCUGCAGCGGCGGCUGCGGCUGGCGAGGAGGGUGCCGAGGGAGCUGUUGUCACAGAGGCUGGUGUCCCAGUGGCAAAGGAGCCAACUCCACCACCAAAGGAACCUACUCCACCACCACCACCACCACCACCAUUCGAAUACUCGAUCGACUUGCCGCCAGAGGGCGCUGAAGUGCCGUUCGUUAAGAACUAUGAGCCACCACCACCCGGCUCUGAGCCAGAGCCAGCUCCAGAGGGUGAAGCCGCAGCACCACCAGCUGAGGGGGCUGCCCCACCGGCUGAGGGAGCUGCACCACCUGCUGAGGGCGCGGCCCCCGCAGCUGAGGGUGCGGCUCCACCGGCCGAGGGUGCUGCUCCACCAGCUGACGCUGCUGCACCACCAGCUGAAGGAGCUGCGCCAGCGGCCGAAGCACCAGCUGCCCCACCGGCAGAAGAGGCUGCACCGGCACCAGCUGCUGAAGCUGCUGCGCCAGCUGCCGAGGCCGCUGCACCAGCCGCUGAGGCCGAGGCGCCGCCAGCCUAAAUCAACGAAGCUCGCUAUCGUUAUCUUUACCGAUAGCGAUAACGAUAAAUGCCCCGCAAUUCGCUGCGCAAGACAUACAACCGCUACAAACUGCUGCCCUGCUUUUAUUUGUUUAUUAUUUGAUGCACAACAAAAACUGUUAUUCAUAUUAAUUAAAACAAUCUAAUCGAAGCAAAGCAAAAACAAAAGAAAACACGCUGCUUGGCUGAGUUUUGUUUUGAGCUCUUGUUGUUUGCCUGUUGCAUUUUAUUUUUGAUUUUGAAUUUAACAGCUAGCGACGCACUGCAUUACCGACCACAAACGCUGCCGCCGACAAGCAGUGCCACUGCCGUUACUUUUUAUUUA